AUGUUUUGCCUACGGACAUGGCUUCCAGUCCUUUUCUUCAUUUCGAAUGUGCCGCCCCUCUACCUGGUACUCUUCAUUUCGGCCAUGUACUAUCUCAACCGACCAUGCGUAUACUGCUCGCUGCUCCUGACUGUUCUCGUCAUCUCCGUCUACGACUUCCACAAUAAUUGGUUCGAGCCGCAGCCCGACUCGUCGUCGGCGCAUACCGGAAACUCUACAACCACCGCUCUUGGAGACAACGUCGCAGUAGCCUCAUCGGUCAUUCAAUCGGCAGCAGCAUCGAUUGCGCAUUCAGUUACCGACGGUUUCUCCAAGAAGACAGGACUCGAUAUACAACCGCAGAUCAGCGUGGCCGAAUGGUUGAAAGAGAUGUUUGGAAAGAAAGAGUGGCGCAUACCAUGCAUCGACGUUGCCGUAAGGCUCUAG